AUGACCUCGGCCGUGGCCCAGCUGCGACCCACGCGGAUCCUUCUCCACACCGAAGUCGGUGCGACGCCCUUGGGCUUCUGGUGGGACCAGUUCGCCGAGGCCCACAAGGAGCUGCUACAGGUGGUCGAACACGACCCGGUGACGUCGGUCUACGGCCACCCGGUCCAUGUGAUGGCCCACAAGACCGACGUGCUGCGGCUCGACGCGCUCUACAACCACGGCGGGGUCUACCUCGACUUGGACGUACUCGUCUUCCGCGACUUCCUGCCGGCCCUCAACGAUCACCUGCGACAGCACCCGGAGCAAGACGCGGUGCUGAUACAGGAGCGCGACGGGCGCGUGAGCCUAGGCAACGCGAUCAUCAUUUCGCGCCCGUUCUCCAAGUUCAUCGCCCUGUGGAAGAGCAACUACCACGACUUCAACGACAACCAGUGGUCCGCCCACUCGACCGCACUGCCGCGCAAACUGGCCCAGACCGAGCCCGGCGCGAGCCUGCUCCACCAGCUGCCCAGCACGGCCUUCUACAACCCCGACUGGGACGAGGCGCUCAAAGACCAGGUGGGCAGCAAGCUCUUCCUCGAGGAGCUGAAACCUGGUGAAGCGGGGCGCUAUGACUUUGAGGCCGCCGGUGCCUUGGGGUGGCACUGGUGGGGCCACAUCAUCGCUCGCCAGCUGGACACCUGGACGCCCUGCCUGCUCGUUGCGCAGGCCAACAGGACUGUCAUCAGCCGUCUUAUGGGGCGCUAUGUCAGCGACGAGCUGUGCCAACGCUGGCGGGCAUCGCAAAAAACUGCAUAA